CAACCUCUGACAACCUCUCCUCCAUUGUGGAGAAUUAGGAUCUUGAAAUCUUCUGGUAAUGCUAAGCCACUUUGUUAUGAUGUUCCUGUUGCUGAGAAAGUCAGACUCCAACAGAAUGUCCUAUCAGAGUUCUCUAUGAAUGGGCAACGUGAGUCAUUUGGAGGAGAAGGCUUCAGUCGAAUCUCCAUUCAUUACAAAACUAAUCACCAUCUGCUGCUCAGCACUAAUGAAAUUAACUACACCGAUGGGCAGGAAACUGUGAAGUUUUCAUGGGAGCAAGACCUCACCCACCAUGAGAGAGAAAACGUGUCUCUGAUUCUGCGGAGAAAUGAAUUUGAUGUUACCAUGGGAAACAUCCGUGUUGCUAUUCUUCUUCAUAAAAAAGAUGGUGACAUUUUUCUGUGGCCUGCCAUAUGGCAACAACCAAAAGAUGUAGUUUUGAUGGGUAUAUUAGGAGAGGCUGAUAUUUCAUAUGAUGAGAUCCCAGGAUCACAAACACCAACUUUAAAGAUAAAGGACAAGGAAGUGAAGACAUCUUGGGUGAUGGUGAAGGACUACAGACUUGCUUCUGCUCCUGUGGUUGGAUGUUGGCUCGUACCAUUCCAGGCUCUCACACAGCGAGAGCUCUCGGACUUCACCGUCACUCAGCUGUAGAGUUCAGCAAAAAACAAACAAAAAAACAUUAUCCAUUAUUGUGCUGACCUUUCCAAUGAUAACAUAUUCUUUAUAUGGCGAUUAUUGAUUAAAUAGUUAUAAAAUUGUCUUUUAAUGGCAAAUAGUAGGGGCAUGACCAAGUUAUUUUCAUAUUUAGCACGCUUUGAUUACCACGUCUGUUGCACUGUCUCUGAAUGUUUCUGAAUGUGUUUUUCUUUGCUCACACAAAUACACCCGGGCUUUAAUGGGCAAACCAUGUAAUAAAAUAUCAGUUAAAAUUGCAAACCAAAAUGAUCUAUACAUAGUAACCCUUUGAUUGAUGCCUCUGUAAGCACUGAUUUUGAUAAUUGCUGGAAAUUAUGUAUUUCUUGUGGUCCUGUCUGAAAAUAUAUUAAAAGUACAACACCAAGCUUC